CUCCCAUGCAGUUCAUGCAACUGGGACCUUUGGUUGGCUUGGCUGUUUUCCCGUGGCUUUCUUAUUUUCUUCCGUUUGCGAAGAAAGUCUCCUCACAAUCCCCUCCCUGUUUAUAUCCCUGUAGAAAUCAUGCUGCCUUGUUACUAGUCUUUUUUCACCACUAAGGCAAUAUUAGCAGAGGAAGGAUGGCCCCCCCAGAUUCUUACCUUCGACAGGACUGGCAGAUGAUCCGUGGUGUUCCCAUGGUCUGUGCAUUUUCCUUUGAUUGGGACAGGAUAGACAAGUUCCAGAGUCGACCUGAUGAUAUUGUGAUAUCUACAUACCCCAAAUCUGGUACCACCUGGGUGAGUGAAAUUGUGGACAUGAUUCUGCAUGACGGUGACCCUGACAAAUGCAAACGUGAUGCAAUUUUCAAUAAAGUGCCUAUGCUGGAAUUUGCUGCCCCAGGACGGAUGCCACCAGGCACUGAACAACUAGCUCAGAUGCCAUCUCCUCGAGUGGUGAAGACCCACCUCCCAAUCAACCUUCUCCCGAAAUCCUUCUGGGAAAAUGGCUGCAAGAUGAUCUAUGUGGCUCGCAAUGCAAAGGAUGUUGCUGUCUCCUUUUACCACUUUGACUUAAUGAACAAACUGCAUCCAGAUCCUGGCACUUGGGAUGAGUACCUGGAGAAAUAUAUGGUGGGUAGAGUAGCUUUUGGCUCCUGGUACGACCAUGUGAAAAGCUGGUGGGAUAAGAGGAAUGACCACUGCAUCUUAUACCUGUUUUAUGAGGACAUGAAAGAGGAUCCGAAGCGUGAGAUUAAGAAAGUCAUACAUUUCUUGAAAAAGGACUUAGCAGAAUCGGUUGUGGAUAAGAUUGUCUAUAGCACUUCUUUUGACAUGAUGAAGGAUAACCCUGCCACAAACUACAGGAUGGCUCCAGCUACUGUGAUGGAUCAUAGUGUCUCCCCAUUCAUGCGCAAGGGGAUUGCUGGUGACUGGAAGAAUCACUUUACUGUAGCUCAGAAUGAAAAAUUUGAUGAAGAUUAUAAGAGGAAAAUGGCAGACACGACAUUGUCAUUCCGAACAGAGAUUUGAAACUUCUUUUAGUUCCCAGUUUUAUCAUCAGAGUUGACGCUCUGCAGUUCACAGAAUUUGUCAUUUGGUAGAGAAUUUUGAUUCCUGCAGAUCUUGGAUUUUAAUUAAAGAGAAUUAUGUGUUACACUUUUGGAGAAAUGUGCACAUGGUGCCUGGAAAAGUCUUCAAUGCUGAGGGGCCAGAUCUUUUAUGCAUUGUGUGGGCAGUCUCUGUUUCCUUUCACAUGGGCUCUGCUCACGUUUCUCUGUCCUUCUCCUGUGCCUUACUUUUCCAGUGUUUCCGUUCUGCAACAAUGCUACUUCUUAAGAGCAAAAGCCCUUACUACUCUGAAAAAAAGAUGACUUGAGUUAUGCAACAAGAGAAUUCAAACAUAUUAUGCAAAUUAACACAAUACAGUAAAUAAUUAUUUUAACUGUCAAA